AUGGAACGAGUCGAGCGACCCAGCUGUGCGGACCCCUUCGGGACUCGGCGUCGGGACUCCGGGCGCGAGGACUGGGCUGAUCUGGGAGAGGAAGGGGCGGAGGAGGGGGAGGAGGAGGACGGCGACGGCGACGAUCGCCUCUUCAACCGGCACGUGUUCGAGUCCAUCACGCACACCGUGGUGGAGAUGCAGAAGUCGAUGCGCAGCAUGAACCUCGACAUGGAGAGGACGCACGAGGCGAUGCGCGGCGUCACCCACCGGCUCAAGGUGCAGGGGCAGAUCGUGCAUGCGCUUCACCGCUCCAUGAACGUGUUGGAGAAGCGCGCAUGUCUCUUCGGCCCGCCCUCCGCCACCGCCACCGCCGCCACCGCCUCCGCCGGCGCCGCCACCGCCGUCACCAACGCGCCGCCAGGCACUGCGCCCGCAGCAUACACGGUACGGUAG